AUGACAUCCUCAACCCCCUCCACCACCCCCUCCAUACCAACCCUCCACACCAAAGCCGAGUACCUCAAAGCCGUCAUGUACGAAGGCGUCACCAUCCUCGAAGGCACAGCCACCUGGUGCAAGAACUGCCACAUCGUCGCCCCUGAAGUCGCAAAGAUGGUGGCUGAGUACCCAAAUGUCAAGUUUUAUACGUAUGAUGUGGAGGAGUGUGAGGAUAUUGCGCAGGAGCUGGGGGUUAGGAGAUGGGGAUAUUAUGGAGGGGGUUACCGGGGCGAAGCCGAAGGAGGUGAGGAGGGCUAUUGA